AUGACCAAUGGCGUUGUACUUCUCGACGGCCAAAAUGUUAAUGUCGUCGCCACUCCGUCUUCUAACCGAACCCGGUCUGGCCGCUCUGUACAAAAGCCAUCCCCACAUACUAUUGAGAAGGCAGUGAUGAAACAACCUUCUACAUCGGCUAAAUCAUCAACAAAAAAAAGGCAGCGCACGAAAGGCCAGGUAAAUAUCCUUUGCAUCAAGUGCAACCGAGGAAACAGCCCUUCAAACAACUUGAUUGUUCUCUGUGACGAGUGUGACACUCCGUGGCAUCAGAAGUGCCAUGAACCGAAGAUUGGCAAUGAAGUCAUUGAGACUGUGGAAGCCGAGUGGGCUUGCAGCGAGUGCAGGCCUGAGCAACGUCCAGCAAAACGCCAAAAGCAAACCUCAGCUCGCGGUCGUAAGCCAGCAACGAAGCGGUCUCCUCGGACCACAUCUGGUACUCAGACGCCUUCUCGGUCAAAUAAUUUGGACCGCCAGCAGCUGGUUCUCCCCACGGCAGGUGCUGCUAGAGCCAAGUCUCGAGUUGGCGGAGAAGCCUUGUCGGAACAGGAGCGACGGACAUACUUGACAUCUCUUUCACACGGGGAACUAGUUGAUCUCCUCUUGGUUGUCUCAAACGAUUUCCCUCGAUUCCCUAUCUUUCCUUCCAAUGUACAGCAAGACACCCAGGAAUCUAGUAAAUAUUCUCGACCUACGACUGCUCCCGAUCCCCCAUCAAAGACGACCAAAGCCAGCCCGGAAAAUGCAGCUCGCGCUGUCUCUGUCACUUUCGGAAACCCAGCUACUGAGAGCCUUUCAAAUCAAACACCCUUACUGAGGCAUAUCACCCCAGGCAGGCGAGCUCGUUCAACCACAACUUCCCCAGAAAUGUCCUCUGACCCCGCCUUAAGAGCUGUUGAGGCUGUCAGAGCUACAAAUUUUUACCCAAUUCACACUUAUGACGAUGAAGAUAGAACUCCGCGGCAGUCUGCUUCUCUGUUCGGGGGAUCUAUUUUUGGAGGAUCUCUGUCUAGAGCACCCUCGAUGCGUGUGCAAAAUGCUUCAGAUCCCGCGCAGAAGACUUAUUCUCGAUCAAUUCCUUCUAUGGAAUUGAUGCGCCCACCGUCGCCGGUGUCAUUCUCGGAAAAUGAGUCUGAGGUUGAUUCAGAGGAUUAUCGUUCUUAUGCUGAUGCUGGCGAGGGCUUUAGUGCUUCUUCGGAUGCGAAUGAUCGGCAUAUCAUGGCUGAGGCUGAGGAUUAUCCUACUUUCAGCCAUUCGCUCCGUGGGAAGAAGGGACAGGCUUGGAAUCUUGUUAAGACUUAG